UCUCCUACUCCCUCUCUCUCUCUCCUCUCCCCUCCCACAUCUCUCUCUCUCUACUGGUUUGCUAUUUUCUUUUUCUCCUCUCCCUGCCCUUCUCUCUCUCUCUCUCUGUAGCUCUCAUCAUCAGUUCCAUAUUUCGCUCAUCUUCAAUUCCUUCUCACGAAGUCCCCAUCAACAAAACCUCAUACCUCCUUGGGCAGAGAGAGAAAAAGAAGGAUCGAGGAGAGCAACGUAAUUUAUAUGGCGAUUUAUAUUGUUUAGAUAUAUAUACACAAUAUAUAUUGGAGAUCAGCCAGGUAGCCUUGAUUCAGAGAAUCAAAUCAAUCGAGAGGAAGGAGGAGGUGACCCAAGAAAAAAAAAAAAAGAAGAAGAGGGGGAGGAAUUAUUGGAUUAUUGGUUCCAAAAUAGUGGAUAGGAUUAGGAGUAAGGCUAUAAAUAAAUAAAUCUAUUAUUAUUAUUAUUAUUAGUUGAAAAGAGAAGAGAAGAGGAAGUUAUUCGAGUAGGGUACGGGAAGAGAUGUGGUGGUUAGGAGCGAGUGUCGGCAUCUUGUUGGGAGGAGCUCUGCCGCUCUUGUGGUGGUGGUGGUGUCGGCGGCAAUGCAACGACGGCCACAAGGGGUCGUCGGCGGCGGCGGUGCCGAAAGGGAACCUGGGCUGGCCUUUGAUCGGAGAAACUCUCGACUUCAUUGCCUGUGGAUACACUUCUCGGCCCGUUUCUUUCAUGGACGCCCGCAAAUCUCUGUAUGGGGAUGUGUUCAAAACGAACAUCCUGGGGACGCCCAUCAUCGUGUCGACGGACCCAGAAGUGAACAAAGUGGUGUUGCAGAACCAUGGCAGCAACUCCUUCAUCCCGGCUUACCCUAAAUCCAUCAGGGAGCUUUUUGGGGAGCAGUCCAUUCUCCAGACCAACGGCCCCGUCCAGAAGAAGGUCCACGCUUUGAUCGGUGGGUUUCUCCGAUCCCCGCAGUUCAAAGCCCACAUCACCAACGACAUCCAGCACUCUGUCAAGUUGACUUUGGAGUCGUGGAAGGGCACGCACCGGCUGUUCCUCCAGGACGAGACCAGGAAGAUGACGUUUCAAGUGCUGGUGAAAGCCCUGAUGAGCGUCGGCCCUGGGGAUGAUUUGGAAUUCAUGAAAUCCGAAUUCCAGGAAUUCAUCAAAGGCUUGAUCUGCUUGCCCAUCAAUUUCCCUGGAACCACUCUCUACAACUCCUUGAAGGCAAGAGAGAGGUUGCUGAAGAUGGUGAAGAGAAUCGUGGAUGGAAGGAAGAUGGAGAUGGAGAUGACGGCGGACGGCGGUGGGAAGGCGGCUCCACGGGAUGCGGUGGACGUGCUCCUAGGGGAAACCGACGAGAAGCAUCUGCUGCCGUUGGAUUUCGUCAGCGCCAACAUCCUGGAGAUGAUGAUCCCAGGGGAAGAAACCGUGCCGACGGCCAUGACGCUGGCUGUCAAGUUCCUCAGCGACUGCCCCCUCGCUUUAAACCAACUAACGGAGGAGAACUUGGAACUGAAGAAGCAGAAGGAAGAGUUGGGUGAUGAGUAUUCUUGGACUGACUACAUGUCCUUGCCAUUUACUCAAAAUGUGAUCAGUGAGACAUUAAGGAUGGCAAAUAUCAUCAAUGGGGUUUGGAGGAAAGCUCUAAAAGAUGUGGAAAUCAAAGGACAUUUGAUCCCAAAAGGCUGGUGUGUUUUGGCAUCUUUCAUCUCUGUUCAUAUGGAUGAAGAGAACUACCAGCAUCCCUAUCAAUUCAAUCCAUGGAGAUGGGAGGGGAAAGGAGUUGGCGUGAACAACAACUGCUACACACCAUUUGGUGGAGGGCAGCGGCUGUGUCCUGGUUUGGAGCUGUCCAGGCUUGAAAUCUCAAUCUUCCUCCACCACCUGGUCACCACUUACAGAUGGAGUGCUGAAGAGGACGACAUUGUCUACUUUCCAACAGUUAAGAUGAAGAGGAAGCUGCCUAUCACUGUCACACCUCUUUAAUACCCUUAAUCUACACCCGCGAGAAGUAGUUAGAUCCAACCACCAUAGAUUGCGUGCUCUAUCUGGGUAAACCUGUUUUGUACCGACAGAAAAGAAAAAAUAUAUAUAUCUCUGUCCAAUGCCUUUGUCAUAUGGUUUUCAAGAGAAUGCAUGGCCAUUGGUUAGUUCUAGUGUCGCUGUCUUUACUGAAAUGGUUGGAUUGGGUGGCCUUGUGUGAACAACAUUGAUUGUUUGCUGUGGGGGAAGAAGAUGGAGGAGGAGGAGGAGGGUGGUUCUGAGAAUCAGAAGAUAGCUUUUGCACACAUGAUAAUCUGUGUAUUAUUGUGUGCCCUCAAUUUCGUUUGUCCUGUUUGAUAGUAACAGUUGGUUGGAUGUUUUCGAUGAGGCUGCUAGAGGGUGGGGUGGGAACUGAGAUUUUUGAACCCAUUUUGGAGAUUGCGAAACCUGCAACAUUAAAUGAAAAAUGGUAUGUAUGCUAGCUGUGACAUGAGAGGAUUUGGAAUGAUACACUGUGGAAGCUGUCAUGACAGCAAGUUUUUGGACAAAUGAAUUCAUAAACCACAAGGAGCUAACUUGAACCCGCUGGGGAGUUGGCGCUGUAAGUCGGCAAUCUGGAUUGUCAAUGGUUGUUGCUACAUCACUUGGAUAAGCUAAAUGUUCUGUUCUUGGGAGGUCGUAUUGUCCCUACUACCUAUAACCUAUUAGAAAAUGUUAUUAAUAGAGCUAGAAUGGAUUCAAAAUGAUCUCCUGUCGGGGUCAUUUUCCAGAGUAUUAUUGAUUUGGUUAAGCCUCCAAGUUCCCUCGUUCAUCCGAUGCAGGCUCCUUCCGGACUAUUUGGAUUACGCGAAACAAAUGC